GCAGCGCUGCGUGGUGCCCGCUUUUUCCAGGCAAGUAACACGACCCUCAUGCGCCAGAUCUUGGUCGGCAUAUGCCUCGCAGCCUUUGCGCUGCCAUCUGCCUGCGAGGAAGUGGCACGGAGUUCAGACAAUCCGUGCCAAGGGCCAGACUGCGCUGCAACUACGAAAAAGUCCUUAAGACAGCCAGCUCAGGAUGGAAAGUCAAAUGCACAGAUCCUCACUGAGUCGAAAACUUGUGUACGAUAUGGAUGCAAGGAUGAGUAUGUAAGGUGGCAGGAUUGUCAGUGCAACAGAGACUGCUUCAAGAAUCAGAACUGUUGUUAUGAUUACAUUCAGCAGUGCAAGGAUCCGAGGAAUGCAGGGACACCGGUUUUGGCAGCAUUGCCAAAAGCUUCGGCGAUCAACAAGACCACGUCCUUCCGCGGAGCAUCGACAGCCAAGUGGGGUAGCUGUGGUGAGUUCACUUGUGCAGAGACUUACGUCAGUUGGCGACCUUGUCAGUGCAACAGCCUUUGCAAAGACUACGGCAACUGCUGCUCGGACUACCAAGCAGUAUGUUUGUCUCCGCCCGCACCUGCAAUUCCAGGGCCUCCUCCGCAGCCGCCCGCUGUAACGCCGGAUUUGCCAGACACCAGCCGGCCGUCCGCACCCGUUGCGGCUGUGCCUGUGGAGACGACACCACCCGCUCCAGCCAACGUGUAUUCCGUGAACGUGACUGCCCUUCCUUGGACAUGGAAGGAUGGGUUGAAUGCUCCUAGUGAUUCCCCGUUGCUGACUUUCUACAUGUACCGUGCAGUGUCAGACGAAGUGUACCCUCCCUUGAACACCAACCUGGGCAGCCUGCCGGGUGUCUUGUGGUACCUCCACCAUGAGGUCGUCAUUCAAGCGCCCCGCAAAUUCCGAAUCACGCGAAUUCUGCGCUACAAGGUGCAGAUGCGUGCAACUGCACCGCUUCUUCGGCUCGGGAUGCACUUCGGAGUUCGCCUGGCCUAUGACAAGGGGCAGGCCACAGGCCCCUUUGUUUGCGGGCGCACAAAUGUCACGAACAAGGACGGAACAACAGAAGGUUACAAGCCGAAGUUCUGUGGUGAUGGUGCAUUCAAGGCUCAGUAUCUUCCAGAUCUCAAGCCGUACAAGAACGAGUAUGAGUAUUCCGCCUACGGGUAUAACGUCGGCUGCAACAAGCUGGGCGAGUAUCCCUUCCCCAUGCACCCGGUGUACUACCCCAACGCCAUCUGGUACACCUUGCCCGGUGCCUGUCCGAACAAUCUCUACUACAACAAGGACAACUCGUGCCAGGCUAGUCAGCCAGGAGGCUACUGCCCGAACAUGGAGCCGAAUGGUAACGGCACGUGCACCUGGAACUACGAGGAUGCGGGUGAGAUCUCCCUGGAUGAGUUGGUGGGCAUCAAGGACUAUGCGUCUUGGAUGCAUAGCCACCGGGAGUAUGAUCCGGAAACCGAUGAAGGUGUCAAGUUCGGCUGGUGGAAUGGAAUCAACAGUACCACCGCCAACCAGGAGCGUGUGCGACAGGCCGCUGAGCUUUUUGACAGGAGGUAUCCAUAUAUGCCAACGGUUGCCGAGCUUACCAAUCCUCCCUGCGACUUUGAUUUCGGCUACUUUUACAAGGAGUGGUACCGCAAGGACGGCUACAGCGGACCAUGCGGACCUCCUAAUGCUCACUGCAAAGGUGGCAUCUGGUGGAUUCGCCACGAAGGCCUCACACUGCAUCCGAAGUGGUACGUCCCCCUCACCGCCUCUGCCAGCGACGAUGACAUCCAGCGCCUGCUGUAUCAGCUAGGAGACGCCUACGGCAGCCACGCCCAGCAAGGAAAUUCCGUGACCUUUCCUCGCGGCUUCGCCUUGCAUGCGCAAUAUGCGAGACAGGCGUGCAACGGCAUGCAAGAGCUGACCGCAGUCUUGCACCAGAUCGGCCUGGAGCCACCCAUGGAUAUCGUCUUCGCCAUGCUAGAGGGCGAGGUUGAGACAUCUCUGCCAGAAGAGCUUCUGGGAGGCAAUGCAGUGAUCGGCAUGGACCAGGACAGGCACACGAAGAUGUUGGUUCAGGUGAAAGCCACUGAUGGCAUCGUCGACGCGUGCGAGGACGUCGUUUGUGGAGAGCUGAAGUGCCCAACCGGCUUCACCGCGACGAAGUAUGAUGGCCAUUGUUGCGCGUACUGCGUCAAUCCCGACAUCAAGAUCGAGCCCAAGAUCGUGGGGGCCACCGGAAAGUAUGGUGCAGAAGAGAGCGACGUUUGCCCGUACGUGUGGUGUUUCCCGACAAUGUGCGAAGAGGAGGCAAUAGACAUUGACAAGAGCGGCGACAUCGACUUUGACGAGUUCUGCGCUCUCUUGACAAGAAUGCUGGGCCCCGAUGGUAAGGUGGACAUCGACAGGAUGCUUCGCAGUAUGUUCGACAGCAUGUCCUACGAAGCAAAGCAGAGGAAGGCUGUGGAGACAGUCAUCCUGCACACGACGGAGCUUCGAGAGCACAAGGACAUGAUCUCUCAAGAGCAGUCGAAGCUGGAUGAGGUGGGUGACCAGAUCUCCAACCUUCAGGGUGGCUACGACAUCCUGGCCGAUGAGGUGAAAAAGCUUCGGCAGGGCCUAGAGCUGAAUCAAGAGUGCCCCGGAUGCAGCGGAACAAGGGCAGAAGCUGAGGAGCACGCUUCCUCCGCUGACGGCGAGGCCGUCGACGGCGCAAACUGCAUCAACUACGGCACAAACCGCGGGAUAUUCAACUUUCUGACAGCCUCCAGGAUGCAAUUCAAUUUUCCUUAG